AUCAUUUCCGCCACGUCCAUUACAUAUGACAACCAUUAGCUACGACAUGAACUUCUGCAAUGUCGUUUUUGUUUUUUAUAAUAACUUAAAGUCUGUAGUUAUGUCAACUUUAAAGUAGGUUAAAUCAGAUUGUAGCCUUGUAGCUAAGAGGGUUUGGGCUGCACUUGUGUAUGUGUGUGAGACGUAACGUUAAUGGUUAAAAACUGAACUUUGAUUUGACUUGUAAGUACAUGGAUGAACAUCAUGUUAUAAAGUAAAACAUCAGGGCUAAAGAGCCAGGUUUUGAGAGCAUGGACUCACCAGAUGGACAAAAUACGGAUGUAGCUUUAGAAUCAGGAGAAAAAGAAUUCAAAUUAAAUGGCACAGUUCGGUCAACAGCAGAAGCGACGAUCGCAAGACAGCUCGGUGAACAGAGCCGAUUUGCCUGCGCUGCAUUGUGUGGUGUUUCACUUGGCUAUCUUUUCCCGGGAACAGAACAAAGGUCAUUUCGGGAGCAGUAUCUGAAAGGUUUAGUACAAUGGCUGGGUCUCGAUGAGUCUGUCAUGCCGGUGAUGCACGCCUUCCUGGCUGGACUUGGUUCUGAAGGCAGUGACACUUUUGUUUCUAUUCUUCAGGCAGAGCCACUACUCAGCACUAGUGCUUUUCCUAUUACACAGGAUCUUGUUUCCUUCUCGGUCAAAGAUGGUGAGUAUGAUGCCAGGGCUCGCGUCCUGAUCCGACAUGUGAGCUGCCUACUGCGUGUCUGUCCACGGCAGCUUGAAGAUUUUGAGGAGACACUUGGAGAACAGUUAAGACAGGGAGGAGAGGAGAGCGAAGAAGAAUCAUCAAGAAGACGAAAGAAAGAAAGAGGGCGUGCACUGCGGCGUUACUUGCUGAUAGGCCUUGCCACAGUCGGUGGGGGAACAGUACUGGGUUUGACGGGAGGUCUGGCUGCACCUUUAGUGGCUGCAGGAGCAGGUGCAGUGUUGGGUGCAGGUGGAGCUGCUGUUCUGGGUUCAGCCACUGGUAUUGCUAUCAUGGCCUCCCUGUUUGGUGCUGCAGGAGCUGGAUUAACAGGCUAUAAGAUGAACAAACGAGUGGGCGCAAUCAAGGAAUUUGAGUUCCUUCCGAUGAACUCAGGGAAACACCUUCAUGUGACUGUGGCUGUAACUGGAUGGCUGUGCAGAGGCAAAUACAGUUGCUUUCAGGCUCCAUGGCGCAGUCUGGAUGCAUGCGGAGAGCUGUACUGUCUGAAGUGGGAGUCCCGAUACCUACUGGAUCUGGGCUCUGUCCUGAACACACUGUGGGAUGGGCUUGUCAGCAUUGUGGCCCAGGAGGCUCUCAAAUACACAGUGCUUUCAGGCAUCGUUACUGCUCUCACCUGGCCAGCAUCUCUUCUGGCUGUGGCGAGCGUGAUUGAUAACCCAUGGGGAGUGUGUCUAAGCCGCUCAGCAGAGGUGGGAAAGCAUCUGGCCCAAGUGCUCCGGAGCAGGCAUCAGGGAAAGCGACCUGUCAGCCUGAUUGGAUUUAGCCUUGGCGCCAGAGUGAUCUAUUUCUGUUUGGAAGAACUUGCCAACGAUCAAGGUAGUGAAGGUGUCAUAGAGGAUGUCAUUCUGCUCGGAGCGCCUGUGGACGGAUCAGAAACAACGUGGGCGCGGCUCUCGAAGGUUGUUGCUGGGAAGAUUGUCAAUGGUUAUUGCAGAGGAGAUUGGCUUCUUGGAUUUGUGUAUAGAGGUUCAUCUGUUCAGCUGUCUGUGGCAGGGCUACAGCCAAUCAACUCAAAGAAUCGCCGCAUAAUUAACGUUGAUCUGUCUUCUGUGGUCAAAGGUCACUUGGACUACAUGCAUCAGAUGGACACUAUCCUCGUAGCAGUUGGUGUUCCUACCAAGGAGGGAGCUGGAACUACAACUGGAGAUUUUCACUCGGUGAUGUUAAGUGAGAGGAAACUGGAUCCUCCAGAGGAAAACCUUCUAGAGGCUUCAAACAAAAUUGAGGAGACCAAUGUGAGGAAUGAAUUCACAGAGACUGAAGGAGAAGAGCACAGUGCUGAAAGAGUGCAGGAGAACGGCUGGGAUAUUCCAGACAUUUCUGACAUGCUAGACUCAAUUAGUGUCUCUGAGUCUGAACAAAUAGACAGUAGUUUUUUUACUUGCACUGAGGGAAUUAAAGGCUCAGACCAUCAGGGCAUAGAGGAUGGUCAAAGUGAAGAGAGUGAGUGCAUUUCCUGGGAGUGGGAUACCAAACACUGGACUACUGAACAUGUGACCAUACACCACCCUAAAAGAACUGAAUGUCCCAUUCAGGAUCAAGUAGCCAAAAGCCAACAGCCUUUUUCUGCAACACUGCCUACACACUCACUUCAUAGCUCAGUCACAGAACACACAUCGACAGCGCACAUGGAUUCAGAUGAGAUUAAAGGUUAAAUCAGUGCCUCCUGGUCCUUGUACUGGAGUACCAAUAUGCUGCUGUUUAGUGCUGUUUUGCUGUUUAACACCUGAUGCACCUUGACUGCUAAUUAUAAAGGCUUUCAAGAGACGAUUCAAGUGUUUUAUAGCAACGAAAACAUUAAAGCAAAUGAAGCAGUUGGGCAAACUGAAAUAAAACAAACUGGAAUUUUAAAUAAGCUUGAAAUUACAAUUUAUUUAAAAUCAUUUUAGUGUUAAUUUCUGCUCACACUGAGAAGUACGUCUUGUACAAACUCAAUUCUGGAAAUUAGGGCUGCACCGUGUUUUAUUUGUUUACCAUAUAACAACGUUCUGAUCAUUACCUAUCAUUUUUAUUGUGUCCUGUGAACAUUUUCAGACAUGUUUUCUUUGUGGUCAUCAUUUUACAUAUACUUUAUCGUUUACUCUAAAUUGUCUAAAUCCUUUCCUGAAAAGCAGCAUAAAGACUUAAUUAAAAAACUUGUUCUGGCUUAUCCAACAA